AUGCUUCCUCAAAAACGGCUGCUCACUAAAGAAGACGUUGAGAUUUGGGAGGGCUCCUCAGUGUGCGAAAACUUGGUGCUUUACAUUCGCGAACUAGCAACAUCUGUUGAAGGAUUUCAAAAUGACGAAGUCCAGCAACCAGUCGAUGCGUCUGUGGAAAACACCAUGCUGCUGCUCGAGCAGACCAACGGGAUUAUCGAUAAAUUUCCAGUAAUAGAAGAUGCAGAAACAUCCAGAUUCGGCAAAGUUGAGUUUCGAAGCUUUUACGAUGAGCUGAAAUCAACGUCGCAGAACAUGGUCUCUCAGCAUUUCACGACUCUAACAGAUCCACAAGCCGAAGAGCUUGCCGUGUAUCUCACAGAAUCUUGGGGUGAUCGUGAAAGAAUAGAUUAUGGAUCGGGACACGAAUUGAAUUUUGUCUGUUUUCUGUAUGGGCUGCGAGAGUUUGGUGUGUUCGACCAUUCCCACAGCAGAAACGUCGUCUUGAAAGUGUUCAUCAAAUACCUUUCACUCAUGCGGUUACUUGAAACCAAAUAUUGGCUUGAACCCGCUGGAUCCCAUGGGGUUUGGGGCCUAGAUGAUUACCACUUCCUUCCCUUCCUGUUCGGGGCUUUCCAGUUGUCAACCCACAAACAUCUCAAACCAAAGUCUAUUCACAACCCUGACAUGGUAGAAAUGUUUGCCGACAAAUAUCUGUAUUUCGGUUGCAUAUCCUUCAUCAACAAAGUGAAAACGACAGCCUCACUUAGGUGGCAUUCUCCUAUGCUCGACGAUAUCAGCGGCGUAAAAACUUGGUCAAAAGUCGCCGAGGGUAUGAUGAAAAUGUACAAGGCAGAAGUUUUGAGUAAGCUCCCGAUUAUGCAGCACUUUUUCUUCGGCACUAUUUUACCUUGCCCUGAUGGUAUAUCUCCACCAGGGUCGCACACCCCGUCGGAUCAUCACAAUUGCAAGGACCACUCGCUUCAAAAUACCUGGGGUGAUUGCUGUGGUAUUAGAGUACCGAGCGCUAUUGCUGCCUCCGGGAGUCAGAAAAAUGGUGCCAAAAGAUUACCAUUCGAUUAA